AAGUUUGUUGAAGUUGGCAGCACGGCAGGUUCUCAAAUCAAGUGGAGAGAGAGAGAGAGAGAGAGAGGAUGUGUUUUGGGUAGAAUGGAUCGGCUUUGAAGCAGCUUUGGAUUCUGAAAAGGGUUUCUGGAAUCUGGUGGUGAUUUUUUUUUUUUAAGAACGGUAAUGUAAGGAACACAUGGGGAAAAAAGGGCAUUGGUUUUCUGCAAUCAAGAAGGUUUUCACACACAAUUCAAAAGACAAGUCGUCAAAUGAAACCGAGAAGAAAAAUUCCAACGAAAAGAAGGGCCGAGGGAAAUUAAAACAUGGAGAAAGCAGAUCAUUCAUACCUCUAUUUAGAGAGCCAAGCAGCAUCGAGAAAAUCUUGGGGGAAGUUGAUCAACAGUUAUUGUUUAUUGGUAAUCCUACACAUGUCGAGCAACCAACAACCCCACAACCUUCAUUUUCGGGCAAGCCCCCCUCUCCUAGGGUCACUUCUCAACGAGCCACUUCUCCUAGGGUUGCUUCAAACCGAACCGCUUCUCCUCGGGUGCGUUCCCCUAGGGCGGUAUCCCCUAAAAGUUCCCCUCCGAGAGUUGUUCGUAAGCGCUCGGAGAUUAACUAUAGACCCGAGCCAACUCUUAGCUACCACCACCGAUCUGCCACCGUAAUUCAGGCUGCAUAUAGAGGUUAUAUGGCGAGGAGGAGUUACCGCGCUUUGAGGGGUCUUGUGAGGCUGCAAGGAGUUGUAAGAGGCCAAAAUGUGAAGCGACAAACCGUGAAUGCCAUGAAACAGAUGCAGCUGUUGGUGAGAGUCCAAACGCAAAUUCAGUCGCGAAGAAUCCAAAUGUUGGAAAACGAAGCACUUGAACGCCAAACGCACAAGGAAGUCGAGAGUUUAGGAGGCAAACAAACCUUUAGUAACCUACUGGAAAUGGGCGACGGGGACUGGGAUGAUAGCUUGAUAACGAAAGAAGAACGAGAAGCAAGAUUACAAAGAAAAAUGGAGGCGGUCAUCAAGAGAGAACGCGCCAUGGCGUAUGCAUACUCCCACCAGUUAUGGAAAGCAACACCAAAAUCAGCUCAAAACGCACUGACAGAGAUCCGGUCCGGUGGUUUUCCAUGGUGGUGGAACUGGUUAGAACGUCAACUUCCUUCCGAUGAACCCACCAAAAACCCCGAAUACACACCCACACCACCACGUCCGAACGUCACUCCCAAAACGAGCCCACAUCCUCAAUCCGGCACCUACAAACGGACCGGUUUCUCGUUCGACAAUCUCCGCACACCCACACCUAAGUCAUCAAAAUCGACAGUUCCGACUCCUUCUCGCCCGCUUAUCACUCCAACACAAACCCCACCUUCGACAACUCCAAACAUGAUGAAACACUACAAAACAAAAGGCAGUGUAUCCGGUUCGCCUUACCCGUUAAAAGACGACGAUAGUUUAAUGAGCUGCCCGCCAUUUUCGGUCCCUAACUACAUGAGUCCUACUGUUUCGGCUAAAGCCAAAGCGAGACCAACCGGCAACCCCAAAGACCGGAUUCCGAGUUCUGCAGCUAGCGAGACGUCAAAGAGAAGGUUUUCGUUCCCUUUAACGCAAAACAUCGGGUCAUCGUUUAAAUGGAAUAAGAAGUCUUCGAACAAGGAUUCUACGACGCUUGAGGCGCAGACGGUGUUGAAGAAACAUAAAUCUCCGCGUUCUAUCGGGGAUUUAAGCGUGGAUUCCACCAUUUCUAUGCCGGCUGCAUUUGGGAGGAAACCAUUUAACAGAUUUGUGUGAAUUUUUAUAAAUCUUUUUUCAACUUUUUUUACUUUAUUUCUUCGUGGUUUUUGAUUAUUUUUUUCUUUCGGGUAAAUCGAGUGUAUGAUCAUAUCUACAUAUAUGUGUUUAUUAAGAAUAUUGAUGUAUGAUAAUAAACUAUCAGUUGUCUUUUGAGUGUGAAAA